GAUCACGAUCCAUGUCGACGAAGAAAGCCAGCUCAAAGAAACGAUCGUCUGAGACGGCAUCAGAGGCUUUGAAAACUGACAAGCGGAAGAGAGGAAUCUUCGUCGAAGAUGACAUCGAUUUGGAUGUCUCCAAUGAUAUCAAAGGAAUUAUGUCCGCACUGCAGCAAAUCAGAGAUAAAGCACAGAAGGAUGGACAGAAGAAGAAUGAAGAGACUAUUUCAAGUGUGGCUUCAGAGGUGAAAAGUAAACUCGAUGAAUUGAAAACCAAAAUUGAAAAAGAAAGGCAAGGUUUUGUCAAGGCGCUAUUGAAGAGCUCAAAAGAGUGUGAAAACUUGUUGAAAAGUGAGAGCACCAAGUUCCAAAAUGUUUAUGAGAACUUUAACAGGGAAAGAGCCACUCAUUUGCAGACUUUGAAAGAGACCAUUUCAAAAUGUGAACAGGAGAAGGAAAAACUUUUCCAGCGAUAUGAACAACAGAAGAAGAAAGAAAAGAUUCUCAUAUCUGAACAUGAGAAGGCUUGUUUGGAUAAAAUUGCUCAAUUGGAAGAGUCGAUGAAGAAGAAGAAGGAGAAUGGCAAAACUUUCAGCAUUUUAAGGAAGACAUUAGGGUCGUUUCUUGGUAACGCUUCAGACGAGGAUUUUCCCACAGAUGAUUAACAUGCUUCUCAUAAUAAACAGGCAUGUCUAAAUCCUUAUGUUAUGUUUUCAACCUUAUUUGUUUUUCUCUUUUAAGGCCACUUUUGGUAGUUUCCUCUACAAGACUUAUGACACAAAGAACCUUUAAUU